AUGGCUGCACAAGAAUUAACACUUUUAUCAAAGUUUCAAGGAGUAUCUCUCGGUGCACUAUUUGGAGAUUGUUUGGGAGCUAACUUUGAAAAUGACUGGAAAACACUUCCUUAUGAAACUGUGAAAUCAUAUUAUGAUACCAUCAAUGACGAAGUUACUGACGCACGAAGAUCUGGAUUUUCUAGCAUCGAAGAAGGUUAUGUGCGAUAUACCGAUGACACAUGCAUGACCUUUGACCUGGGGGAAUCUUUAGUCAGGAUGAAAAUCUACGAUCCCAAUGAUAUUUCUAAGCGUUUUUCAGAUACUUAUUUCCGUUCCCCACUGGGUAGGAACUACGGUAAUCAUGUUACGGAUUGUUUUCGGAAACGAAGAAUCGAUGAAUACAAACAUGAUGUUUAUAGAGCGGCCAGCGAACAAUUUAUGAGAACGGGAUCGUUCGGUAAUGGAUCUGCAAUGCGUGUGUCUCCCGUCACGUUAUUCCACCACGAUAAUAUCCCUGAAAUGGUGGCUCUUGCUGCGGACCAAUCAAGACUUACUCAUUCAAAUCCGAAGGGUAUUAAUGGUGCUGUACUUCAGGCACUUGCGAUUGAAAAAGCUAUGACAUCGGGAAAAAUUGAAGACACUGAAAAAUUCUGUCACGAGUUGAUUGCACAGCUGAAAGAAGUCACUCCGGCUAAAGAAGAGUUGGUAAUUUACGAAGAAAAAAUAGAAAGUGUAGUUGGUUUAUUGAAAGCCGAAAAUGGGGCUUCCCCUGGGGAGAUAAUUGAAAAACUCGGGACGGAUGUACGUGCCACUGAAUCAGUUCCAGCUGCGAUAUUUUUCUUUUUAUACACUUUAAAUCGAAACCAAAUUCCUGAGUUAUCUAGUUACAAUGGAAUGGUGCGUUGUGUUAUAUCAGCUGCAGCUGUUGGCCAUGACUCUGACACGAUAGCUUCUAUGGCAGGAGCAAUAGCUGGGGCUUAUUAUGGGGUCGAAUUCAUUCCCACAGAGUGGGUUUGGGCUUGUGAGGCGUCCAGAAAGGCAUUGAAACUUGCAAAUGCAUUACAUGAUAUUAACCAAGGUAUAGAGAAGAGCAGUGGAUGCCCUUUAAUGUAA